UCUUAGUGAUGCCGUCUGCACAGAAAUCACGCCUAGUGGCUGACAGAAUUGUGUUCCAACAAGUUGAUACAGUUUGGCCGGUUUGAAGAUGAGGAACAGCGGCUGAAGCAGAAGAGCUGCUCACACAGCCGGAGCUGCUCCAGCGUUCUCUGAAUGGCUCUGAAGCUGCCAGCAGGACAGGACCAGAGGGACCUGGACGCUUCCUUGUUGGAUCCUAGCGUUUACAAACCCAAUGCAUCCGCUAAAGAAGAGUCGGUGGACCAAAACCUGUGGACAAGGAGCAAAGCCCGGAAAUGGAUCGGGGCGCUGUUUGUGGGCACCUGCCUGCUCUACUGUGCCCGGAUGACUUUGCCGGUGUGUGCGGUCUCGAUGGCAGCCACCUUUCACUGGAGCAAAAUCGACUCCGGAAUCGUCCUGGGCGUCUUCUUCUGGGGAUACUGUUUCACUCAGAUCCUGGGGGGGCAUCUCAGUGACAGAAUGGGUGGAGAGCGUGUGCUAUUUAUCUCUGCAGCCUCGUGGGCUGUGAUCACUGCUGGUACCCCUUUACUGGCAUACCUCGGCUCUCACACCCUCGCCCAAGUGACCAUAGCCAGAGUCAUGCUGGGCCUAAUUCAGGGUUUUUUUUUCCCAUCCUUGGCGAGCCUGUGCUCCCAGCGGGUGGUGGAGGGGGAGAGGGGGUUCCUAAUGAGCACCAUGCACAGCGGCAGUCAUCUCGGAACGUUGUUAGCAGGUGGGAUGGGAUCGCUCAUGUUAGACCGGUACGGAUGGGAGAGCCUGUUCUACAGUGUGGGUUUCCUGUCGGGACUGUGGGCACUUCUGGUUUGGCUCUGGUUACUGAGAGGUGAUGUGACCCCGAAGAAGAUGGAAACGGAGAACGACUCGCAAUCAAGUUUGUCGGCCAAACACUGGCUGAGUCUUUUUAAAAAGCCCUCCGUUUGGGCCAUGGUGUUCGCUCACAUGUGCAUGUGCAGCACGUCCUACACUCUUUUGUCGUGGCUCCCGACAUAUUUUAAAGAAUCGUUCCCUCACGCACCGGCAUGGGUGUAUAAUGUAAUUCCGUGGCUAACUGCAAUUCCAUCAGCGCUCGGUGGAGGAUAUUUGUCAGAUUUCCUUAUUACCAAAGGUUACAGUGUUGCAACCGUGAGAAAGAUCAUGCAGUUUUGUGCCAUGGGCAUAUCCAGUAUAUUUAUCUUACCACUAUCUGGAGACGUCCCAUUCACCUAUGCUGUGAUCUGCAUUUCUGUGGCUGUUGGUGUCAUGACUUUUACCAGCGGUGGCGUGUCUGUGAACGUGCAAGAUCUGGUUCCGUCGCGUGCGGGCGCUCUCUACGGUUUUAUGAACAUGAUGGGAGCUUUUAUGGGACUGGUGCUGGUGUCCCUGUCGGGUUACAUAAUUGAGGUCACCCUGUCAUGGGCCACAGUCUUCUCCAUCAUCACCUUGGUGAAUGCCACAGGUCUCGGGAUCUUCCUCAUAUUCGGAGAUGCCCAACGUGUGGACCUGCUGGAUUUUUGCCAGGAUGUUGGGAUCUGACCGGACUUAAAUUUACAUGUUGAUGAGCCCUUUUUCGUGAUCUUUUUAAUGCCCAAGAAAAAUGUCAACACGCACACAAAGGAGGGUUCAUCGUGGAUCACUAGUGAUUUGUUCUUUGUUUUUUAUUGUUUUUGUUUUUUUUUUUAUUUGUGACUCUUUAACAGUAAAAAUCCCAUUUUGACUGAUUGCACAAAUAUAAGUAAAUACUGUUGAACUGAAGUGAAGCAAUUGUUUAAUAUAUUAUAUAUUUAAUAUACACAGUGUAAUAAAUCACACAUUUGACUAAAUGAGAACAAGACGCUAUGGCUGUCAUUCUCUCCUGUCGAAAGUUGAAGUUACACAAGCAAUGUUUACAUUUUAUUCUGUAUCCACAAUAAAUGUGAACUCAGGGAACUUUGCA